UCAGCUUUUCACUUUGGAGUGAGCGCAACGAAGAGAAAAGUUAGAUAGACGCGUCGAGAUGGCCAGAGUGAACAUUUCAGCAGUGCUACUCAUUGCUCUUUGCAUUGCUGGGGCAAAUGCACAAUCAUGCGUUGGACGGUGCGGAGAGAACGACGGUACGACAGGUUGUCAGUGCAACUCUGUCUGUUCAAACUUCGCCGAUUGCUGCAGUGAUUACGAAGCCGUGUGCCUGACUUGCUCUGACCGCUGCGGUGACCCAUACGUGUCGUCCGCUCCGUGUCAUUGCAACUCUGAAUGUUCCUCGCACAACAACUGCUGUUCGGAUUACGACGCUCUUUGCGGAGGAUCUACUGGCGGGUCAGUCACCAAUGCCGAAAUUCUCGCCAUCACUGAAGAGCUCGGCGCGCUGGACGCCAACAACGUGGCUACGUCAGUCGUGAUCGACAUGCAGGGGAAGACUACGAGCGGGUCUACCGCUGACCUGGCGCCCGGACCGCUGUUUGUAACCGUUCCUGAACUCACGGCUGACACGUUCGUCCUUUUCGAGGCGCUCAGAGACAACUAUGCACCAUAUACAAAUGUGGCCGAAGACAACACUCUGGCAGAGCAGGCUGAGGUGGCUAGCUUCUUGGAUGCAGUGUUAGCCACUCCUCUCAUGGUCAGGCUCGAUCAGUUCAUGACUGAGAAGCAGUUGAUCACGGGAACCCUGCGCCAGAACAUCGAGGAAAUCUGGUUCACUCUGUACUCUCGCUCUGGGUCCACUCUGGGAUCGUCUGGGUUCGAGCACAGCUUCGUGGGGGAGCUUGAGGGGGGUGACGUGGGGGGCUUUCACAACUGGGUGAGCUACGAGAUUGAAGAAGCUGCGGGUAACACUAAUUACCGAGGCUACAUCGAAUACACGGACCUCGGAACAUCUGGCUACGUGUUCACCAACCAAUUCACAUGGUACGACGCUGAGAAACCCAUUGGGGGAUAUCUGAUCGGAACGUCACCAGAGUACGAGCUCGCCGUCUACACGCUGUGUUUCUUCGCGCGACCCAACGCGCAGUGCCACGUACAGACCAACGGCGUCGAAUAUUUCAUACAAACUUACGAGCUCCAAUCUAACGGACUUACGCUUGUUGGUAGCGCGUAUCCCGGCGUGGUGUAAGCUGAAAAAAUUACGUUUGCGUUAACGACAUUUUUGUCAUUCCGUUUAAGCAAUAUAUCAAUUUCCUUCGUAUCAUUUCUCUACCUUUUUACACUCAACUAUUGGUGUUCGAUAAGUAAAUAAAACAAAUGAAAGUUUUGUAUGGGAGAUUGAUAGAAAUUUCACUGCAAUCACGCAUUAAAAGCAAUCAAAAAUGUUUAAAAAUAAUUGACGUACAUUCAAAUUUUUUGUAUAGAUUUUAAGUUAUGAAUUUCUUUCACCCACUGCAUCGAAAAGUAAAUUUUUGCCUAAUACACUGAAAAUGUUU